UACUGAAAUUUCAAGACAGCAAAGGGCAAUUCGCUCUUCAUCAUGCAGCAACUCGAAAUAACGUGGGCAUUGUGCAGUUCAUCUUGGAUCACGGAGGUGACAUCAACUGUAAAGACAAAAACGGCAACACGGCGCUUCAUCUGGCUGUGGCAAAUAAUGCCUUGGAAACCUUAAGCUGUUUACUUUCUUGUCACGCUGAUUCCACUGUCCUCAAUAAAGACUUGAAAGGAGCCAUCCAUAUUGCAACAGAGAACAAUAAAAUACGUUUGUUACAGGAAAUGGCCAAGUUCAGGAAGAACAUUAAUGGAUCUCUGAAAGGAAAAUCUGGACGCACAGCUCUCCAUAUUGCUGCUAGUUCCGACUUUGCUGACUGUGCACGUUUAUUAAUUCGACAGUUUGGUGGCCGACUCACCGACCCUUGUGACAACGGUUGUUAUCCUUUCCACGAUGCCGUGAAGAAUGGAUCAAUAAACACCAUUAAAGUUUUGUUGGAAGAAGGGGAAGUCAUGGGUAUUACGCAAGUGGAAAUGUUGACUCUUCGAGAUUUUGACGGAAAUACAGCACUACACACAGCGGUGAACAUGGGAAACAUAAAUACUUUGAUGACCUGUCUUCAACGUGGUGCACCAAUAAACAGUCAGCAGCGUGAUUUGUUAACUCCAGUUCACUUAGCGUGCGCUGAAGGAGCCACCGAAACUGUCAAACUUAUGUUUUCGGCUAAACCUGAAGACAAGAUGCUUGUGCUUAAUACUUGGGAUGCCCAACAGAUGACACCACUUCAUUAUGCUGCUAUGUUUAACCACGAGGAUUUAGUAGAAUAUCUUGUGAAAGAGGGGGCAGACAUGAAGGCAAUUGAUAAAGAAGGACGAUCUGUUUUGUUAAAUGCUACCACUAGAGGCGCUUGGAAAGCAAUGAGAAAAUUGUUGCAAAUGGGAGCAAAUGUACACCAUAAAGACAAGUUGAAUCGUAACUUGCUUCACCACCUUGUAUUUUAUUGUGGAUCCAUGGACGACUUCAUAUUAAGACUAAAAGAGGAGUACAGAACCGAACUCGCUAAGCUUGUAAAUGAGAAGGAUUCAUUCGGAUGUACACCUACACACUACGCUUCAAGAAAAGGAAAGCUGCAGAUUACUAAGAUCCUGUUAGAGUUUGGAGCUCAAAUUAAUGUGAAGAAUAAUGAGCUCCAGUCACCUUUGCAUUUGGCUGCAAAGUUUGGUCAUUAUCACAUUAUCUGUUAUAUGCUUCAAAUGACAGAAAACUAUAUUGUUAUCAAUGACCCCGAUGGUAACGGAAUGACACCUUUGCACAUUGCCUCCGAGAACGGGCAUACACACGUGGUUCAGUUAUUGCUAAGUCAGGGGGCGCUUAUUAACUAUGAUCACAAGGGCCGAACUGCUUUUCACUACGCUGCUCUGAAUGGCUACACUCACACCAUACACAAGAUAUUUUUAGUUCACUCCCACCUGCUAAAUCAGACAGACAGAGAAGGGAAUACAGCACUACACCUAGCAACAUUGUAUAACAAGGCUAAGGCAGUUAAAUUUUUACUUUCGCUCAACUGUAAGAUUUUACCAAAUGCUCAUAACAUGACUGCAAUCGAUUUCGUGCUGUUCUACAAGCACAGUGCUACUGCUAUGGUAAUGAUGACGCACGAGACUCGGUGGGAGGAAAUAAUUCAACACAAACCUAUACGAUUUCACAGUGUGAUUGAAGGACUGAUAGCCUUAAUGCCAGAAGUCAUGAUGGUCGUUUUGGAUAGAAGUGUAAAACAAUCUGGAGCCAAGAAAGUUGCGGAGACAUUUUGUGUAAAAUACGACUUCCAAGUUCUUGAAGAUGCUUCCAACGUUGGCUCGUCAUCCCUAAUUAAGAAGAGAUACUUACCAGUUGUUAAUAGUUACACUGCUGUUUCCUGUAUUACCGGGAUGGUUGUGUUGGCAUUCGCUAUUUUGAAUAUUAUUAAGGAAUUCUACCAAAUGUAUCAGCAGCGAGUCCGCUACUUCACAGAACCACAAAAUCUACUCGAGUGGAGUCUUUACAUCACAGCAGGACUAAUGUCUGAUGACUGUACAUUUCGUCUGAUUCAACAUCCAGCGUCACGAAAUAUUGUAGCAGCUCUUGCCGUAUUUCUAGCUUGGUUCAACUAUCUUCUCUUUCUUCAAAGGUUUAAUCGAGUUGGAAUUUAUAUCGUCAUGUUCUUGGAAAUUCUCUCUACAUUGUUGAAAGUUACGUUAGUAUUUUCGGUGCUCAUUAUUGCCUUUGGCUUGAGCUUCUACAUUCUGUUGGCCAAAACUGAGGGUUCAGACGAAAAAGGUUUCUUCAAUCCCAGCUUAUCAUUAGCAAGAGUUGGAACGAUGAUGUUGGGUGAAGUUGAUUUUAUUGGCACUUUUCUUCUUCCACUUCGCCAUUUGAAGGUCCCAGUGUGGAAUCAAAUGGCGGUUGCUAUACUUUUUCUGAUGGGGUUCACGAUUCUUAUGCCUAUUCUGCUAAUGAACCUGCUGAUAGGUUUGGCAGUUGGUGAUAUUGAGACUGUCCGUCGAAAUGCUCAACUCAAACGCCUUACAAAGCAGGUAGAACUACACACAAGGUUGGAAAAGAAGUUACCGAAGUCUUUCCUAAGUCGUGUUGAGAAGUUGGAAGUUUGUGAAUAUCCAAACCGAAAAGUCGGUUCAUUAUACCUU